UUGCAACAGAUAGCUGUCUUCAAUAGUGUUUAUUAUGCGAUAGAUCUUAAGGUCGUCGGCGAAAAUGGAACAUUUACUGUAGCGUAUAUUAUCAGUUAUAUCGUUUAUGAACAUAGUGAACAAAAUAGGCCCUAAAUGAGAUCCUUGAGGUACUCCUGAAGUGGCAAUGAAAGGAUCAGAGAUAUGGCCCUUAAUAGUCACCCUUUGUGUUCUAUUCGUCAGAUAUGACCUAAACCACGAGAGCAAUGGCUCGUGGAUCCCGUAACCACAUAGCUUUAGAAUUAAAAUACUGUGGUCUACCUUAUCGAAAGCACUACUGAAAUCAGUAUAUAUGGAGUCAAUUUGUAAUUUUUUAUCAACACAUUUAGAUACAUAUGAUACAUAGCCUACCAGAUUUGAUAUCGUUGAUCUGUUUCGACAGAAUCCGUGUUGGUCAACUGAAAUAAUAUUAUUAGAGUAGUUGGUUAAUAGGGGGCAUAUAAGUUUUUCAAAGAUUUUCGAGAAUGUGUUAAGCAUAGAGAUGGGUCGAUAAUUGCGAGUGUUAUUUUUGGUACCUUUUUUAAAUAUCGGUAAAAUAUUUGCGGUUUUCCAGAUGUCAGGAAAUGUUGAGGUUUGUAGAGAUUUGUUGUAAAUAAUUUUCAAAGGCCACGUGAGAUAUUUGUACGUCUUUUUUAUAAAAAUUGGAGGCAUACCAUCGGGUCCAGCACUCUUACUAUGGUCCAACGAUUUAAGCACAUUGCUUAUAUCAUGUUCUCGUAUAAAAAUAUUUGAUAGACUUUUUUGGGGAUUGAAAUACAUAUUUAUAAUAAUAAUAUAAUAUAAUUAUAUGGAAUAUAUAAAAUUAUUAUUGUAAAUAUGUAUUUCUUUAGUUUGUUAGUUGAUAAGUUUUAUAAUAACCGUCUUAUUAUAUCUAUUAUUUAUUUGUCCUUGUCUUAAAUUUUUUAGAGUUCAUUUUCUUGCUGACUCUUAGCAAUCACUAGAAAACCGGUCCCACUGUUUUUAUUAUUUAUCAUACAAGUUAACAUUUAAUGUGAUGAACUGUACACUUAUUGUUUUCCUUUUAACAUUAUAAUUUUUUACCACAAAAUAGGGAAAAAUUUAACAGCCUCAUGUACUAGCAACAUUACGCGGGUGAGAAUUGCGACGAGUGCAGGCUGUUGUGUACAAUUUUUGGAGUUUGGACACACUGCGCACUAUAGAAUGACAUCUAAACGUGGCUUCUGGUGGUUUUCUGUAUUCUGAGCUUGUGAUUAAUCACAAUCACAAAUAAAAAGCAGAGGGAUACGGUAUUUAUUGUAUAAAAUUAAUCUGAUAAUCAAGGAAAUUGGAACAUUUCUAAAUGUUUAUAAAUAUCAAUAUUAAGUACAAACUUCAAAAUAAAUUGUCGAAGUGACCUUACAGAAAAAUUAAAACCCGUAAAACACAAACUACACCAAGAUGCAGUGCUGCGUGCCUUUCUGCGUAAAUACUUCAGACAAUGCGUCAACAUCUGCGGGAACAGGAAUUACCUUUCAUGAGUUACCCAGUGAAGAAUAUCUCCAUGCUGCUUGGCUCAGAGCCCUCGGCACACAAGACCAUCACCUGCCCGACCCUGCUGUGGUCUGCUCACAGCAUUUUGUAGAUGAAGACUUUUAUGAAACAAAGAGUUGUGUAAGGCAGAUUCGCUCCAAUGCUAUACCUACAACAGUGCAGAUGUGCAUGAUAUGCCUGGACACUGACAGCAAGCUGUCUCUAAUGAGUGAACACAAGUUGGAGGAGAUAUAUGAACAGCUAACUGGACUGUCGUUGUUUCAGUUGUGUCGUGGAGGAAACCUGAAGCAAACACUCUGUGUGCUGUGUGCUCAGAGAUUGAUUAACUUCAGUAGAUUUAGAGACUUGUGCUUGAGAGCCCAUUCACUGAUGACAGACUUACUUGCACAAGAUGAAUCAAUUACUAUUCAACAUAAGGAACUGAUGAACUGCGCAACAAAACAUCUGCAGUGUAACUUAACACAGACGACGUUAGGAGCAGACUACUGUGACUUGUACAUAGAUCACACUGAUGAAGAGGAACAGACAGCAGCAGAGGAAUCUGUAGUGAAAGAUGUUGCAUCAGUUGUGGUGAAGAAUGAAUACAGUUCUGACUCCAUGUCAAAUGCUGAUAACUCUACAUUGGUACACAAAGAUGACAAUGACAGAAACCGUUCCAACAAUGACUGUGUCUUGAACGAUGAAUACUCUGACAUGAGCAUCGAGCUGGAAUCUAGACUACUGGACGAAGCUAUAGGUGAAGCUCUUCAUAACAAAGCAACAGCUUGCUGGGCUGCAGUCACAGAACAUACUGAAACAGAGAGUUCCAUAAAGAGUGAAAGUGUUGUCUUUGAAUGUUCAUUUUGUGAUAAGGAGUUUCUGCAAGAAAUUACAUACUUGGAACAUUUAAGCAAACAUUCAUCAUUCAUUCAGGUAGUUGGCGGCGACGCUGCAUGUGAUGCAUCACAAGUGUGCGAGCCUCGUGCAGCUGUGAGCCGCAGCGGUGACUCACUCGUGCUGCAGAACAAGUCAGUAUACAACGACGCUGCAUGUGAUGCAUCACAAGUGUGCGAGCCUCGUGCAGCUGUGAGCCGCAGCGGUGACUCACUCGUGCUGCAGAACAAGUCAGUAUACAACGACGCUGCAUGUGAUGCAUCACAAGUGUGCGAGCCUCGUGCAGCUGUGAGCCGCAGCGGUGACUCACUCGUGCUGCAGAACAAGUCAGUAUACAACGACGCUGCAUGUGAUGCAUCACAAGUGUGCGAGCCUCGUGCAGCUGUGAGCCGCAGCGGUGACUCACUCGUGCUGCAGAACAAGUCAGUAUACAACGACGCUGCAUGUGAUGCAUCACAAGUGUGCGAGCCUCGUGCAGCUGUGAGCCGCAGCGGUGACUCACUCGUGCUGCAGAACAAGUCGGUAUACAACGACGCUGCAUGUGAUGCAUCACAAGUGUGCGAGCCUCGUGCAGCUGUGAGCCGCAGCGGUGACUCACUCGUGCUGCAGAACAAGUCAGUAUACAACGACGCUGCAUGUGAUGCAUCACAAGUGUGCGAGCCUCGUGCAGCUGUGAGCCGCAGCGGUGACUCACUCGUGCUGCAGAACAAGACAGGAAGUCGGAGGCUGAAUGAUGUCCCUCCCCCGGCUGCAGACUGCGCUCAGGCUUUAGUCGCUCCACUGUCCGCGAGACUUGCGGCAAACAACGACCACAAAGUGCAGGCAACUGAAGAAGCAGCUGCGACCCGGAAAACUGAACAAAUCCUUGAGACUGACAUUGGUGAACUGAACAACCAAUCAUCUCAGAGCGGCACCAAAAUAUAUACAGACAUAAAUAGAUUCACUAACUGUGUAGUACAGUUAUAUGAUAUUUUCAAGAAACCCAAGAAAACUGUACUAGAUGAGAAUCCACGCGUGAAAACCCACACUCGUGCAAAGCCUUAUUCUUGUGAGAUAUGCAAUUAUAAAUGCACACACAAAAGUUCUUUAAGGCAGCAUAUGAAAACUCACACUGGCGAAAAACCUUUUUGUUGUAAGGUAUGUAAUUAUAAAAGUGCACACAAAUGUCAUUUAAAAAGACAUAAAAGAAUUCACACUGGCGUAAAGCCUUUUUCUUGUGAGAUUUGCAAUUAUAAAUGUACACAAAAACAUCAUUUAUUAGAUCACAUGAAAACCCACACUGGCGAAAAGCCUUUUUCUUGUGAGAUUUGCAAUUAUAAAUGUACACAAAAACAUCAUUUAUUAGAUCACAUGAAAACCCACACUGGCGAAAAGCCUUUUUCUUGUGAGAUAUGUAAUUAUAGAUGUGCACACAAAGGUGAUUUAAAAAGACAUAAAAGAAUCCACACUGGCGAAAAGCCUUUUUGUUGUGAGAUAUGUCAUUAUAAAUGUUCACACAAAGGUGCUUUAAACAGACAUAAAAGAACCCACACUGGCGAUAAGCCCUUUUCUUGUGAGACAUGCAAUUACAAAUCUGCAGAAAGAUGUAAUUUAUUGCAACAUAAAAUGAGAAUCCACACUGACACUGAGCUUCAAGAUUUAUUGUGAUAUAAUAGAAAAUGACGCACGAUCAUGAUGCAGAUGUGUGCGUUAAACACAAAAGACUUAAUCAAUUUUUUUCUGAUCCAUUGUAUCCGAAAGUGACCCAAGUGUUGAUAGACUCUAAAGUGCAAACAGAAGUCACAGUUGUAAACUAUUGACAACUGUACGAAGUGCAACUCGUACGCGGCUCCCUUCACCCCCUCGGGUAAAUGAGCGGGGCUCGUAUUGUGUGAGUCGCUCUCACUGCAGUGAUCGCGAGCGUUGCCCAGUGGCCGGUUGUAAAGAUGAGUUCACAACAAACCACGCUUAGCGGAUAUCUCAUAAGCGGCAGCGGAGCUUCUACGAGUACUUAUCAAACUGUGACGAAGGGGAUACACAAAAAGUCGUGCGACCUAAAAAACGAAAGGAUCGGUCAGCUGAAAACGAUUUUCAUAUGUAGUUUCACAUUCAUAUUACCAAUUUUUGUCAACAAUUUGUUGAACUCAAAAUGAACGUUAACUUAAUUUUGAGUAACACGGCAAGAUGUUACGGAACUAACAAAUAUACUACUAUCCUUGGUAUUUGUCCUCUUCUGUUUGUUAAUCUGUUUAUUUAUCCUCUUCUGUUUGUUAAUAAUGUUCUGUUUGUUCCUAAAUAUUGUAUUAUGCAAUAAUAACCAGUGCACAGUAAAACCAACUGUGGUUUGUGUUGCACUAUGGUUAGGCUUAAUUUCAAUGUGUUGUUUGUUGAAUAAUAAAUAAAUCAAAAUAAAUAAAUAAAUAAUUAAACUCAAAAUAUACUGCACAACAACAAGAACUUUACAAUGUCCUAAACCGUUGAGAACUAUACAUCUUGGAAAAUAUUUAUAGGAGUAGACCUCUCAAAGUGUGUUUGUUGUUGAUGUGGUUUUAGUAUAGACAGAGAUUAGAGACAGAACGUCAUCGAUUGCAAAUAUUAGGGUUGCACAAGUUACUGGAAAAAAAACGGCUCUGUUAGCUUACCAUGGACACGUUUCAUCUAUAUUGCGCUAUGGAUUAAUUUUAUGGGGUAACUCAAUAGAUGCGAAAAAAGCCUUUAUUAAACAAAAGGCUUGUAUAAGGUCAGUGUUUCAAGCCAAUCCUUUAGAUAGCUGUAAACCUCUGUUCAAAAACAAUAAAAUCUUACCGCUGCCAUGCCUUUAUAUAUUUGAAACGUUGCUGUUCGUAAAAAAGAAUCCAACUCUGUUCCCUACCAAAAAACUAAUGUGCCCAAACUGGCGGGGCAGGCAACCAAAUAAAAUCUGUGUGCCACCGAGACGGCUGGUUCUUCUCUCAAAUAAUUGCUUCUGUAUGGCUGUUUCUUUGUACAAUAAGCUUCCAGAAUCAUAUAAAACUAUGCCCCUAAUAAAGUUUAAGCGAAUAAUCUU